AUUGCCUUAUUACACCAUCCAAGUGCAUCCACAAUACCAAUUGGAAAGUUCACUCGAAGUGCUUGAGAACAAAUUAUGAGUGUUCCAAAGGAGAAAGUUGCUGGUUCCUCAAAAGAUGAAACGAUUAUUAUAGCUCAACAACUAAAAAUGCAAUUUCACAGCACCAGAAAAGGGGAUCUGGAAACCAUCGAAUCUUAUGUGAAGAAAUUGAAAUCCAUAGCCGAUUCCCUAGCCGCUAACGGCAAUCCUCUAUCAGAUCCAGAUUUAGUUUUGCAACUUCUCGCUGGUUUGCCUUCUCCUCAAUACUUGCUCCUCAAAAAUACAAUCUCGUCUCAAUUACCUCUCCCAAAUUUCUCAGAGGCUUGUUCCAUGCUUUACCAAUACGAGAAAUCAACAUCAACUCCUCCUCCUCCUCUUCCUCCUCCUCCAGAAAAUAAUAGUAAUUCGAGCAAGAGUACUGUGGAGAUGAUCCAUGAUAUAGCAAGUACAGUGACAACUGUAGCUUCAAUAGCACGCGAAUUUUGGAAUGUGCUUGGACCCUGGUCUGGUGGUCGUUCUUCAGGAACACCGCCGAAUCCGAAGCCAAAGUCGGCUUCAGGAAAUAAGAAAAACGGACGUACUGGAGGAAGGGGAAACAAUAACAGAGGCAGAGGAGGAGGAGGAGGCGGCUCUUCUUCUCGCAAUUCUGGUCGAAAGUAGUAUGGAGUAGUAAAUUACUAUCAUAAUACAUAAAUUUGUUAUUUAAUUUAAUUUGAAUUCAGCUAAUAUCUAUGCCCUAUAAUUUUUGGGGUAUAAAUAGAUGUUGAUUUCUCGCAAUAUAAAAUGCCAUGUUUAUGUAUUAUGACUAAAUUAUUUGAUCAAAAUUGAUUGUUAUGUAUCUAUAUGUUACCCUUGUUCAUGCUGUGUUGUUCCCUGAUUUCAAGUUAUAUGUAAUCAAAGACUGAACUGGUUUCCAGUUUACUUAUUA